GAUGAGCGGAUGAGAUUAACGGGGCAACAUUUUGCUCUAAAGGAAAUUUUUGAAGGAAAUGUAUUACCGCACAUAACCAAAGCCCUAGACUUCAACGGUGGGGUAUCUGUACUUGAUGUUGGCUGUGGGCCAGGUGCAUGGGUUAUGGAUAUGAUAGACGAUUAUCCAAACUGUACUUAUGAGGGAUGUGACAUAGUAAACGUUAUUGACAUAAAUGUUACGCCCAAACAGUUUACCUUUACUAUGGCUAACGUACUAGAAGGGCUUCCAUAUCCAGAUAACUCAUUUGAUUUUGUACAUAUGCGACUGUUUAUCUAUGCUCUGAAAAAGGAGGAGUGGCCCAUCGCAGUUAAAGAGCUACUUCGUGUCACUAAGCCUGGAGGCUUUGUACAGCUUAUGGAGACUGAUAACCCAGUGAGUUGUGAAUGAAGCGAUCACUCUACCAUAUUUUAACCCGCGUCACAUAAAUAGAUACCAAAGCACACAGGUACUCCUCUUUACAGAGUAAUGGUUGCAUUACAUGCGAUUUGUAAGGAAAGAGGACAGAAUCCAUUUGUUGGCAGAGAACUAGAGGAAUUGCUGGCAAAAUUAGGCAAUGCUAAAGUAACUGAAUCAAGAGCCCUUCCCUUUGAUACAAGUAGGACGCAAUGAAGAGCAA